AUUAGAAAAAUCCGACCGUCAUGAUGUUUCGUCAUGAAAGCAGGUAAAUUUGGCGGCACUGACAAAUCCCCAAAAGAAAUUUAAAUAAUUUGGCGCUUACACAUCGCUGCCCUUUAUCUGUUUUCUCCUCAGGUAUUGAAUCAGAUCCGCCGCAAAAAUUCAUAAUCUUACAGAACCCUAAACCCUAAUUUAAUUUUUCUUCAUCCAUUACGCCGAGGAAUUCAAUUGCAGAGAUGGACAGAGACGAUGACUUUGAGCUACUGUCACUGGAGGCUGCUCCUCCGGUCCGCGAAACGAAGCUGAAGCGCUUAAAGAAAGCAAUUAGGGUUUCCGAAGAGCCUCCCGUUGACGAAUCCGAGAGUGGCCCAGUGAAUCCCUCUGAAUUCGAAGCUCUAAGCCUGGAGGAAUCGAAUGAGCCGUCGAGGUUAGGGUUGGGAUCAGAAGGUUUGGGCGGCGAAGGGGAUUCUGAUUCCGGGUUUCACGGUUUGGGCGGUGGUGAAGGUGAAAUGAGUUCUGGUUCCGACGGGUUCGGCGGUGGAGGUGAAAUCGAUUCCGGGUUUGAUGGUUUGGGCGGUGAAAGUGAAAUGAAGUCGAAUUUUGAUGGUUUGGGCGGCGGUGAAGACGGCAAUGGAGCUAAGAGGGUUUUGGAUUUUGAUUCUGUGGAAGAGGAGUUUGGUGAAGAAGGCAAAGAUCGAAACUGGGAGAUGCCGGAAGAAAGUGAUGAUGUGAGGGUAGAAGAGACGGAUAAGAAACGGUGUAGUUCUGAUGGCUUUGAGGAAGAAGAGAACAUGAAGAAGAGCAAGAGGGCCAAGAGCGAAGCUGCAGCUGUCAAGGGCAAGAGAACGACUGAAAAAGAAAGAAAAGAGCAUCUGAAGCAACUGCAUGCUGAAUCUCAGAGACUUUUGCGAGAAACCAGAGAUGCAGCAUUUAAACCCAUACCGCUUGUUCAGAAGCCGAUAUCUUCAGUUCUGGAGAAGAUUCGGAAAAGGAAACUGGAGGUUUCACAAAAAUGUAGUAGUACAGGAGAUUAUAAGGUACUGAAAGCGGCAACUGAGGAGCCAAUUGCAUCUCAGACUGAAAAGGGGUAUAGUGCAAAUGAGGUGUGCAAAGAUGGGUCUAAUGAUAAGGAGGAGCAUUCAAACGGUGAAAAUGCUCCUUCCGGGAUGGAUGUUGACGAGGAACCCAAACAAACAUUUCGAGCACCUAUUGAUGAUACUCAGGACCUGUUUUCUGAUUCCCAGACUACCGACUCCAAGGAUGAUCUGCCAAAUGAUGAUCCUAAAAGUCCGCUGGAAGAGGUUUUUGCACCGUCCAUACCUGCCAUGAACUUAAAACUUGACUCUGCUCCUCCUGAUGAUGUUUCUUCUGACGAGGAGGACUACAAUGACAAAGAAAAUAUUGCUCCUUGUUCUCCUGAAGUGGCUGACGUGCCUUCAUCUCCAAUCGGUGAUCCUGUAAAAGCUUUUGUGGAUGAUGAAGCUGAGGAAGAAGACGAUAGUGAUCAUGACCUACAUCGGUUCGAAGAUACUGACGAAGAUGAGGAUGAUGGAGACACUGCGGAGCUUAAUGAUAUGAUAGCAACUGGAUAUGAAGAAAGGCCAGUUGAUGAUGAAAGGCGGAAUGAACUCCAUCAAAAGUGGCUCGAGCAACAGGAUGCCUCUGGAACAGAAAAACUUAUGCAGAAGCUGAAGUUUGGUUCUAAAGGAAAAAAAACAGCAUUGGUUGAAGAGAAAGAUGCAGAGGGACAGGAAGAUGAAGAGUUUGGUGAUGAAAAUGCAGAAGAUGAAGAGCUUGGUGAUGACGAUGCAGCAGAAGAUUCAGCACCAGCAAAUGCUGUGCGAAUGAACUUACGAGAAAUAAAGCAAAUGAUGCCUCUACUGUAUACUGAUAACGAUGAUGUAUACUUGUCAUCUGACGAUGAUGAGACAGAAAAGAGACUAUCUAAACAGUGCCUGUCUGAGAAAGCUGAAAUGCAGGCUACUUUCUUGUCACCAGCAGAGGAUGAGAGUUCAAGAGAAGUUUUUGGUCAUAUAAAGAAACUGAAUAUUGCGCCUGAUACUAAGAAGGCCAAAGCCCCUUCCUUCCCCAAUAUCCUGCUUGCAGGAGGAGACAGGAGCAUAUCAUCAAAGUCAUCCUUCUUAGGUCGGGGGUCAAGUCAUUCUCUGCCCUCAUCCAAUAAGCAUGGACUGAGCACAGUUCGUUCUUUCAUCUUAGUACGAGGUGACAGCAAUAGUAGGAGCUCAAUGUUGGAGGAUUCUUCAGACACGAUACAGAAGGAGAUUCUACCGAAAAAGACUACUACAGCCAAGCUUAGCAAGUCCAAGGCAAAGUUUGGUAUUCAGAAAUCGUCACCUGACACGGUAUCAACUGAAGCUGUUGCGAAUACAGAAACACUGGUUGAAGCUGGUGCACAGAUAGACAGAUCAGCUGGAGCGGGUGCGCAGGCGGAGGCAUCAGCUGAAGCUGGUAUGGGGACAAACACAUCAGCUGGAUCUUCGUUACUCACGGUAUUAAGGCAGCCUUCCUUGUCCUCAAAGCGAUGCACCGGGGAGAUUACUGUUGACCAAAUCGAAUCCGUCUUAGCUUCAUUGGAAGACGGAAGGAAAUCGAAGCGGGCGAACGGACAUGUAUACAGAAGAACCUAGUGUGUGCAUAAGAAACAUUGAUCCUGAAUGGUGUUCAAGUAAAAUGAAAGACGUGAUUGCCUCUUGCUCUUA